AUGGGCUCAACACAAUUUGGCAACUUUCAUGUGAGCUCCCAACGCCGAAGACGGUGGGCGCAGAAGGCGCCCGGCUCUCCUUUCAGAAACACAGAUUCUGACUCUUGGCGCCUCCAUAUUUACAGGACUUCUGUCGAGAUUCGACUCUUCCUAUCUGCAAUGUCUGAGCGGAAACGAGCUGCGGUUGGUCGUCGAGAAAUGCAAGUCUUCCUCUUGGGCUACAUUGUUAUAUCGAUAUGUGAGAUCUUCACAGUGGGAGAUUUCCCGCUGAAUUCUACAGUCCGCAUCGCGUUCACAGCCAUUCACAUCGGCUUCAUCAUCGCCACUACCUGGAUACUGAUGCUCAACGCAAUCGUCGGCUACCAACUGCUCGAUGAUGGCACUCUACUUUCACUGGCUCUGAUAGUUGGUUCUGCAGCGAUUCUGCUUGUCGGAACUGGUUACAUCGCUCUCGAUACUGGACUGCACUGGACAGGCUACUGGGAUAGUAGCUAUGAGCUGCCCAAAAACCGACACAUUGCACUCUACGUGCUUUACCAGCUUGCGCCCCUUGUUUUCCUGGUCGCCUACUUUGUCCUGGAGGCCAUCCUGGUCAUCAAGAUUCUCGGCGAAACGCGCCCGAUGCUCUAUCUGGCCUCUGCUGCGAUCCUCUUCGCGGCAGGCCAAGUCUUCAAUUAUGUCGUCAGCAAAUACAUUUGUGACGGCACAUCUGGAAAGAUAGAUGGCGCGCUUUUUGAAACCCUCUUUACUCUCCUGGCGGUAGUAAUGAACUGGGUCUUCUGGUCCAGCAUUACCGAGGACGAUUGGCCGACGGUUCCGCCUAACCAGUUCCCAUAG